AAGUUUAUUUCGACUUCUGAUGCGUUAAAGAACGUUGAGAGUUUGUAUUCGUUUCAGAAAUUUAAACUGUUUCGUGGUGUUGUUUGUUACGCCAUUGGUGCAAAUCGUUCCGGAAUAUUCUAGAGGAUUCGCGAAUUUAGAAAUUAUAACCUUUAAAUAUAAGCAGGUCCAAGUGCAAAUCGCAGUUCAUUCAGCUGUCGGUGGUUGUGCGCGCAAGUUCCUUCCGUUAACACAAUAAAUACGUGUGUUUGUUUUGACCCAUUUAACCCAGUUUUACCGCAAAUAAUAAAUUACAAAAAUGGGAAAAGAUUAUUACAAAAUCCUCGGACUGAGCAAAGGCGCGAGUGACGACGACAUUAAAAAAGCCUACAGAAAACUGGCCCUUAAAUAUCACCCUGACAAGAAUAAGACCCCCGGAGCUGAAGAAAAAUUUAAGGAAGUUGCUGAAGCCUACGAAGUCCUGUCCGACAAAAAGAAGCGCGACAUCUACGAUAGCUAUGGCGAAGAAGGUCUUAAGGGCAGCGUCCCAGGAAACUCCGGUUUUGGCAACUCCGGCUUCAGUUACACCUACCACGGAGAUCCGCGUGCGACAUUCGCUCAGUUCUUCGGCAACGCAAGCCCCUUUCAGGCGUUCUUCAGCAGCACCAACAGUAUGUUCGGCUUCCCGGACGACGAUAUGGACGUGGAUGAUCCCUUUGCGUCUCUAGGAGUGGGUCCGACUCGUUCCGGACCGGGAGGAGCCUUCCGCAGCCACUCUUUCAAUUUUCACGGUACUCCCAAUAGGAGCAAAGAUAAAGUGCAAGAUCCGCCCAUUGAACACGAUCUUUACGUUUCAUUGGAGGAUAUUACGAAAGGUUGUACUAAGAAAAUGAAAAUCAGUAGGAAGGUGCUGCAGCCGGACGGUACUGCCAAAAAAGAGGACAAAGUACUGACGAUUAAUGUGAAACCGGGGUGGAAAGCAGGAACAAAGAUUACAUUCCAGAGGGAGGGUGAUCAAGGCAGGAAUAAGAUCCCGGCGGAUAUUGUUUUUAUUAUAAGGGAUAAACCGCAUCCGUUGUUUAAAAGGGAAGGAAGCGAUAUUAGAUACAUGGCGAAAAUCUCACUUAAGCAGGCCUUGUGUGGAUGUACUAUUGAGGUUCCUACUAUGUCUUCCACCAAAAUACCUCUUCAUUACACUUCGGAAGUUAUUAAACCAAAUACUGUUAGACGUAUUCAAGGAUAUGGUCUUCCAUUACCCAAAGAACCGUCGCGUAGGGGUGAUUUAAUAGUCAAUUUUGAUAUUAAGUUCCCCGACACACUUUCGCAACCGGUGAAAGAUAUAUUAUAUGAUACUCUUCCCAAUUAACAUACUCUCUGAGAAAAAGGAGUACAUGGGUAUUGUACGUUUUAGUACAAGUGUGAAUGACAUGUUUUUGUAAUUGAAUGUAAAUAAUGCUUAUUAAAAUACAUCGUAACGAAUAAAACGCAA